UGGAGCUGCGCUGUUGCUGAGGUGUCAACUAUGCAUCUCCUCAGCUUUCUCCUGAUAUCCAUCGUGCUAUCAAUAGUGUAUGGUACAAGUGUCCAUGAUGAGACCGUUACAGAUUUCUCUGUCAAGUUGUAUCAUGAGCUGAGGGCCACAAAAGAAGAUGAGAAUAUUUUCUUCUCUCCUCUAAGCAUCGCAAUCGCAAUUGGAAUGGUAGAGCUGGGAGCACGAGGAUCUAGUCUCAAGGAGAUCCGACAUGCUCUGGGAUAUGACAGACUAAAGAAUGGUGAAGAAUUUACUCUGCUGAAAGAUCUUUCCAGCAUGAUGACAGCCCAGGAAAGACACUAUGUGCUCAGCAUUGCAAACUCCCUAUAUUUACAAAAUGGAUUUCAUAUCAGUGACAAGUUCAUUCAGUUAAUGAAAAAAUACUUCAAGGCAGAAGUAGAAAAUGUAGACUUCAGUCAAGGUUCCGCCGUGGCAAAUCACAUCAAUACAUGGGUGGAAAAUCACACUAAUAACCAUAUCCAUGAGCUCUUUUCAUCUGAGGAUUUCACUGAAUUGACAAGGUUGGUUCUGGUUAACGCAAUCUACUUUAAAGGCAAUUGGAAAUCACAAUUCAGGCCUGAAAACACCAGGACCUUCUCAUUCACCAAAGAUGAUGAAAGUGAGGUUCAAGUUCCAAUGAUGUACCAGAAGGGGGAAUUUUACUACGGGGAGUUUACUGAUGGAUCAAACGAGGCAGGAGGAGUUUAUCAGGUCCUGGAAAUGCCAUAUGAAGGAGAUGAAAUGAGUCUUAUGAUCAUUCUUUCCAGGCAGGAAGUCCCGCUGGCAACACUCGAACCUUUAGUCAAAACGUCUUUGAUAGAAGAAUGGGCUAAUUCUGUUAAAAAACAAAAAGUGGAGGUUUACUUGCCAAGAUUCAAAAUUGAAGAAGUGAUUAAUCUAAAAGACGUUUUGAAGCCGCUUGGCAUCAAAGAGAUAUUCACAAGGCAAGCUGAUCUCUCUGCGAUAUCCGAAAACCAGGAUCUUUUUGUUGACAAAGCUGUCCAUAAAUCUUACCUUGAGAUUAAUGAAGAAGGUUCUGAAGCAGCUGCAGCUACCGGAAUGAUUGCCAAUAGUAGAAUGGCCGUGCUGUACCCUCAGGUUAUUGCGGAUCACCCUUUCUUCUUCCUGAUUAGAAACAGGAAAACUGGUUCGGUUUUGUUUAUGGGAAGAGUCAUGCACCCAGAGGCACUGAAUUCUAGUGGCCAUGAUUUCGAAGAGCUGUGAACAUUUAACAAACACGCUGACAGGGAAGGAGAUAAGCACAUGGAUUGCUUUUAAAACAUUUGAUGUUUGCUAUAUAAUUGGUUUCUUUUCCAUGACUGUUUCAAAUUCUUCCUGGAUUGUAUGUGUUAAACAGUAAGUUAUACAGGUUUUACACCCAAAGUAUUCUCAUUAUCUUGUGUUUGUGGAUUUGUGAAGGCCUGCCAAAUGAAACUGUAUAUGUAAAAAUACACAUAUAUGUAAACAAUAUAUUUUUUCUGUAUAUAGUGUUUGUCACGAGAAUGCCAUGUAAUUGUUAUGAUUACGAUCUACUGAGAGGUAAUUAUUCUACGUUGUGUUGUGCUAUAAAGUUGGUGUUUGAAAGUA